AUGAAUGUUAUGGAAAUUCCUAAGAGGUACAUAUUAGGUCGAUGGAGAUUAGAUGCCAAGAGUGGUGAAAUUAAGGGAGGAAAAGUUGAAGUGGAUGAGAAUGAUCCCAAGUUAGAGAUAUUAGCACAUUACAGGGAUCUUUGCCCUAGGAUGGUAAAGCUAGCAACUCAAGCAUCUGUGUAUAAGCCUGCUUAUCAAUUGGUUGAUGAAGGGAUUAAGGAACUGUGUACAAAAGUGAAUAAAAUGAUGGUAUUAUUUGAUGAUUCGAGUGCUUGUGGUAGUAGAAGCAACAUUGACAUGAGUUCUAAUCCUAACUUUGCACCAGUUAAAGGCUUAAAAAGAAAAAGAAAAAGAAGGUGGAUAGAAGGGUGGGGGUAG